GAGCGUAGGAUCAAUCCUGUGUGAAGACAGAGAAGAGAGGGAGAAACUGUGGUCCAGGGAGCCAGGGAAACAUAGGCAGGGAAGGACAGGCACAGCCUAUCCUAGACCACCUCCUCAUGGCCUCCAAGCAGGAUGCAGCGAAGGGCAAGGGGGAGAAGCGGAAGCGAGUGGUGCUGACCCUGAAGGAGAAGAUUGACAUCUGCACUCGGCUAGAGCGUGGUGAGAGCAGGAAGGCACUGAUGCAGGAGUAUAAUGUGGGCAUGUCCACUCUGUAUGACAUCAAAGCCCACAAGGCCCAGCUGCUCAGGUUCUUUGCCAGCUCCGACUCUCGCCAGGCCCUGGAGCAGCGGCGUACCCUGCACACACCCAAGUUGGAGCAUCUGGACAGAGUGCUCUACGAGUGGUUCCUGGUAAAGCGUGCUGAGGGUAUCCCUGUGUCAGGUCCCAUGCUCAUUGAAAAGGCCAAGGACUUCUACAAGCAGAUGCGGCUGACAGAGCCCUGUGUGUUCUCUGGAGGAUGGCUUUGGCGUUUCAAGGCCAGGCAUGGCAUUAAAAAGUUAGAUGCCUCCAACGAGAAGCAGGUGGCUGACCACCAAGCUGCUGAGCAGUUCUGUGGCUUUUUCAGGAGUCUCGUGGCUGAGCAUGGACUAUCUCCUGAGCAGGUGUACAGCGCUGAUGAGACUGGUCUGGUCUGGCGGUCCUUGCCGAAUUCUACCACGGAUGAUGGAACUGUACCCCGCUUCAAACAAGCCAAGGACAGACUGACUGUCCUAAUGUGUGCCAAUGCCACAGGCUCCCACAGACUCAAGCCCUUGGCCAUUGGGAAAGGUGGUGGCCCCAGAGCCUUUAGAGGUAUCCAGCACCUGCCUAUUGCUUACAAGGCCCAAGGUAAUGCCUGGGUAGACAAGGAGAUUUUCUCAGACUGGUUCCAUCAUAUUUUUGUUCCCUCAGUGAAAGAUCACUUCAGAACCAUAGGCUUGCCUGAAGACAGCAAGGCAAUUCUCCUGCUGGACCAUUCCCGGGCUCACCCACAAGAGUCUGAGCUCAUGUCAGAGAAUGUCAUCACUAUCUUCUUGCCUGCCAGUGUGACCUCCUUACUGCAGCCCACAGAGCAAGGCAUUCGCAGAGCCUUCAUGAGGCUCUUUAUUAACCCUCCUGUGGCCUUGCAAGGUUUUCCCACCCGCCACAGCAUGAACGAUGCCAUAGUCAAUGUGGCCUGUGCUUGGAAUUCUGUGCCUAGCCGGGUCUUCAGGCGGGCGUGGAGGAAGCUGUGGCCUACUGUCACAUUCGCAGAAGGCUCCUCCUCUGAGGAGGAAGCAGGGCGCUGCAGCAUCAAGCCUCACAAUAAGACUUUUGCACACAUCCUUGAGCUCGUCAAAGAAGGGCCCUCUUGUUCUGGCGGUAGGCUUCACAGCAGCAGGGCGGAAGAGCAAGAUGUAGCAGGGAGGGACACGGAUGAGGCCUCUGCCGUUGUGGCACUGUCCCAGGCUACUGGGCAUGCAGGAAAGGCAGAGACAGGUGCUGGUGACGAUAAGGAGGCAGCCUGGGAGCAGGCAGCCGCAUCCUUUGAGACACUUGUGCACUUUGCGGAGCAGCAGCCGUGUUUCACUAUGCGAGAAGUGGAGCAGCUGCAGGCACUGCACACGGUGUUCAGGAGACAGCAGCAGUUGAGGCGGCCCCGAGUGGCUCUCAGGGCUGUGAUCAAACUUGAGGCCCUUCAGGAGCACCCUGGUGUGUGUGUGGCCACAACCCACUCUGCUUUGCCCUGCCCAUCCACGUCAGGUGACAACUGAAGAACCCUGCAGCUCUGUUCUGUACCAUGUUCAGCUGUGGGGCUCAGACUGCCUGCUAGGCAGGAGACAAUACUCAGACUAGAGCAAGCACAGACUCAAGCCCUAGGAGCAUGGCUCCUUGUUUACACAGAGGGCUCCUUUUGUUCUGGCUAGUGGUUUUACUUUAUCUGCUAGGACAGGAGUGUAUCAUUUGAAUGACAGGAGACCUGUGCUCUCUCCCUUAGCACUCUGGAGCCUCCCCUAGCUGCAGCUGGGUCAAGUGGGCCAGAUUUGCCUCUGGUUUUGGAAGACUGGGCCACAUUAUCAGGUUGAAGUGCCUUGAGGGGUGUAUCUCCAGCCCUGGGGAGGCUGGCUUUCCGCAACCAGUAGCCCCCAAGCUGAGACCUGAGGGCACUGGCUUCAGCUCCUGACCUCAGUGCUCACAUCCCCACUAAUAGUUGCAUUGGCACAUGCCAUCCUCUUGGUCUGAACCCACCUCAGCCAUGGACAAGCAAGUUCAGUGGUAAGACUCUGUAGUAUUCCUGUCUGCAGCAGGCCCCCAUGUCUAGGGUCUGGGUUCCAUGGAGACACUGCAUGCUAGUUUUAGCAUUGCUCAGAGUCCACCAUGUGUCCAGAACUCUGUUCCCAGAACUUGGAAGUAACAGCCUUUAUGUGAACAGUUUGCAUGAAAUCACAGUGCAGUACUUGGUGACUCGGAGCUCAACAGGGGAUAGGCAGGAAGCAUAUGGAAGAUGCUUCUGCACCAUUUGGUUCCUGACCUUGGAGAUAAUGGGUAGCACUGUGGUUGCUGUGCCUGUGACUCCCAGAGCCCUUUGUCUGCAGCCAUUAACUCUUCCCCGUCAUGGCUUUGUCCUUGACCUCCACUGCUUUUGGGAUUCAUGUAACUGAAUUACCACAGUUUUCAUUCCAGUGUUCAGCUGCUGCUUCACCUAGAGACUUUUGCCUGUGGAACCUCUGAUAGCCAGGGGGCACUUGGGAACUGUUGGUUUGUGUUUCUAUGUCUGUCCAAACACUAAGAAUGGCUGUUGCAGACAGCUCUAGUUGUGGCUGGAUGCCUUCUUGCUUUACAUGCAUGUGUGAACAUUAUAACCAGGUUGUUUUUAGAA